CGCAAAAACUACCAGCUUUUCAUUCGCCCCGGUGUUUCAGAUGCUCGGUUGGAAGAAUUCAAACAGAAUCCUCAGACUCAUGGCCCGAAAAUUCGCAAUACGUUCAUAGACAAGCGUGGUCUGACUACUCAACAUCUUCUGGAACAGCCAUGGAACCAGCAAGUUAAUUACAUCAUGGCCAAAAACGCAGAGACAAUAGUUAAAAGUUGCAAAGAUCAGAGGUUUGGAGAUGCGAUUGACUGGCCCGCAUUAUUCAGUGAACGAAUCUAUCGUGUUUACCUCGAUGUGAUCAAGGGAAGGCCU